UCCGUCGUCGGCAGACUUGCCGCUCGAAGACAUGACUCCUUUCGAGAAGAUCAUCUUCCGCUCUAAACAGCAGCCGCUUGUGCCGCUAGGGUGUUUGGGGACGUGCGUUGCUGUUGCGAUGGCUGCAAAAGGCGUCCGUACAGGCAACGCCAGGAGCGCGCAGAAGUGGUUCAGAUGGCGUGUGGGCCUGCAGGGCCUGACCAUCGUGGCUUUACUCGCAGGGUCGUUCUACUUUGACAAGACUUUGAGGGAGGGCAAGACGGAGCAGGAGCUUGCUAUCGAGAAAGCCCGUAUGAGGGAGCGGCUCUGGAUCGAGGAGCUCGAGCGCCGCGACGAAGAGAUGAAGGAACGCCAGAGACGCGCAGAACUGGCCAGAAAGCGCAAGGAGGACGCUGAGGCCUCCAAGGGCGACUAGUGUAGGACAUAGUUGUAUUUGCGGACCUGUAUAUAUUUUUUUCCUGAUUUUCACCAUGUUCCGACGAUUAGUGUCCACUGCGUCGUCGACGUCGGUGUCGAACCUUGCCAUCGCGACAAAACAGCAGUUGUACAUGGUCGACGCCAGCUCGCCCGGGUCUGUGUUUUUCCUCCCGCACGGCACCAGGAUAUUUAACAAGCUUGUGCACUUCAUGAAGAUUCAGCAGGAAAAGCAUGGCUUUACCGAGGUUAUCUCGCCGCUCAUGUACAAAAAAGAUCUCUGGGAGACUUCGGGUCACUGGGAAAACUACGCAGACGACAUGUUCCGCGUCGAAAGCAAUUCUGGCUCCAACAAACUCGAAGCUGUGUACGGACUUAAGCCCAUGAACUGUCCGGGCCACUGCGUGAUAUUCAGACGUUUUGCCCGCUCCCACCACGAACUGCCUAUCAGGCUGUCUGACUGGUCCAGCCUCCACAGAAACGAGCCUAGCGGAGCGCUCACCGGCCUCACCAGAGUUAGACGGUUCCACCAGGACGAUGGCCACAUAUUCUGCUCCAAGUCGCAGGUGGGCGCCGAGAUCGGCAAGACGUUACAGCUCAUCCGGCUGUGCUACUCCGUUUUUGGCUUUCAGAAGUACCGGAUGAUGCUUUCAACGAGACCGGAAACGCACAUUGGCACGGUGGAGGAAUGGGACGAGGCCGAGAGCGAGCUGCAAAAAGCCCUCGAUACGCACGCUGGGCCGGAAAACUGGGAUAUCCGCGACAAGGACGGUGCUUUUUAUGGUCCCAAAAUCGACGUGCUUGUCACAGACCGCACAGGGAAGGAACACCAAGCUGCCACCGUGCAGCUGGACUUCCAGCUGCCGCAGCGGUUCCAACUUGAGUAUCAGGGCGAGCGCGGGCCGGAAACGCCGAUUAUGGUGCACCGUGCCGUGUUCGGAUCGGUGGAACGGUUUAUGGCGCUGCUAAUGGACGAGUAUGAGGGCAAAUGGCCGUUUUGGCUGUCUCCUCGCCAGGCGGUGAUUAUUCCUGUCAACGAGACACAUUUGGAGUACUCCCGCAGGAUCCAGGAAAAACUAGGCGGUCAGCAGGACCUGGAUGUUGCUUCUUCUUUGCGAGACGUCAAGUACUAUGUGGACGUCGACUUUCGGGCCGAAACCGUGGGUCUGCGGACAAAGGACGCCAUUCAGAAGGGCUACAACUACAUCAUUUUGGUGGGCGAUCGCGAGGUUCAGAGCGGAAAAGUCGCGGUGCGCUCGCGAGACAGCCGCAAGGUGCAAACCAUGGACAUAGACGAGCUCCAGGCGGUUUUUGCAGACCUGGAGAAAUCUUAUAAAUAGCUAGCUAUCUCUAUUUUUGCAUUUUCUUGGCGAGUUGCACCACCUCUUUCGAUAUGGCCGGAAGCGGCUCCUGGUCGAAGUUGAUGCUUAUUUGCGGAGUGCCGCUGUUGAUGACGCUCGAAUCAACCAGGUUCUGCGGGAUGAAGUCGCCAUGCUUCUGUAGAAACUCCAUCCUCUUCUCGUGGUCUUUUUCCACAAUGUUGCUGAUGGUGCUCCUGAAAUUGUCAAUUGCCGACGAAAUGUGCUCGUUUACGCGCAUGCGACGGUCCAACUCCAGUAUCAGCGAGUAGUAGGACCGCACAAACUGCUGGAAGUCGCUGUUGUACUGGACAAGCUCGUCCUGGUGUGUCUGUGCGAUCUCCAGUUUCCGGCUCACUUCGGUGUUGAUAUCCGAAAACUCCUUGAGCUGCACCCUCAGCUUCGACUCGCCGUACUCCUGAAGCUCGCAAACAUAAGUUUCCACGCGCUGGAAGUAAUCCUCGAAAAUAUCCAGUAUUUUCAUCACCUCUUUGCAAUUCUUCUUAAUUAUCUCUGCAUUGCUGGUUAACGACCUUUGCGCCUCCGGAAGCUCCUCCACGUCGUUCUGAAGAACAGAGACCAGCUCGUCCUUUUCGUCCUGUGGAACUGCAGGGUCCUUGAGAAUUGCCUCUCCCUUCUCACACUGGUCGUAAUGGUUGUUGAAGCUGGUCAGAAUAGCGACCAUGUCGUGCUCCAGCUCGGCGUUGAUCUCUAGAAGCUUCGAAAUGGGGUCAAUUGAGCUUGACUGAGUGUCCACCAGCCUCAUGUCGCGAAACUUGCUAUCCAGAGCAUUCAGCUCGUUGCUGAGGUGGUCCAGAUCAGAGGUGAGUCUAAUGAGUAGCGCGUCGGUCCUAUUCCCCUUGAUGAGAGUCUGGAUGUCCUUCAAAUUCUGUGACACGCCGUUGAACAGCUCCUCCACACCAGACUCGCUAAUAUACUCGUACAGCGUUGUUUGGCCAUCGAACACCACAACAGUGUUUUUGAGGGUGUCUAUGGUCCGAUGCAAUCUAUCCACGUCUUUGAGCAGCUGGCUUUGCAAAGCGGCCCUUUUCUCCAUCACUCUGUUCAGAUUCAACACCAGCGAGUCUCGGAUGAUCUCCAACAGCCGCAGCUGUUGUUUUAGAGCAUCCAGAUAGUAUAUCAGCUUGGGUACUUUCAUUUCCCGUCGCCGCAGUUUCUCGCUCGUAGACGUCAAAUACAUGUUUGCGUCAUUGCAGACCUGUUCGGCAUGCGCCAAAUUGGCACGAGCGUCGGCUACCCAUUGC